AUGGGAGGAAAAAUUAAGAAGUUCAAUGGGGGAAAACCUGACGUCGAGAUGAAUCUCGACUAUGCGCACGCCCACGUUCCAGCCUCGGGAUCGACAUUGCUCCCGCGACCAGUCGCGUCAUUGAUAUCAUUGAUUACCCAGUCAACCUCACUAUCGUUGCGACUGGGCACAUUCGUUGGCGGGGCGGCCCUGGAUGGCGCGCGAGCCACGACUCUGACCAGCUUGGAACUAAGUCGGGCUUUGGUUGAGGGGAUCUUGACAAGGGCAGGACGAGAUGUUGCGAUCCAUAGUGGCGAUGAACACGGUAGGACAGAAGCCGAGUCUCUGCUCGAGCGAAGUUUGGCGACGCUCCACACGACGGUGACCUCAGCAUCUUUUUUCGCCGCCGCGACAUUUCAUCUCUCGUCGACCACUUUAUCUUCGGUUGUAAACCUUUCACAGGCACUUUUGUCUACUUUGGAUGCCAUUCUCGGAUCCACCGAGUCUUCGAGGGCCAUUGCAGCCAUUAUCACGCUGAUCCGACGUGAGUUCAGAUUUGUUGAGCCCGGUGCAAGUGCCCAGAAUAUCGGUGUCGGAGACCUCCUCAUUGGCUCCAUAGGCUUCGCGCUAUUGCAGCGUUGGGGAAAGAAGAAUACUGAAAGAUAUCUGCGGCAGAAUGGCGGGGAUGAGAUUGUUUGGGAUGUCGUCAUCCUAGACAACGGCGCAAGAGCAGACGUGAUAGGAUCCCAUCAACUGCAAUUCCCCAACCGCAAUAGUGAAGAGUUGGUAGAGCCUAGCAGUGCUUCAUUUGUGAUGCCUGGAAAUGGCGAGGAAGCCAUUGAUGUAGUCCGACGGUCGAGCAUGUCUGAUCUGUAUGGGCAUCGUCUCUCUAUUCCGUUGGAUGGUCAGCAGCAAGUUUCCGAUGAGGAAAUCCGCGCUUACAUUAUGAGCCAGCUUCCUCAGGGCUGUCACGCAUCUAUCAGAUCGGAAGUCUUGACGGCACGAACGAUCACAGUUGAUAUCUACGAUGAUGACAUGGCAGAGAUCGUCGCUCCCCCUGGCACCAAAAUGAUAGAGGAGAGAUUCCACCAUGACUAUGACUAUGAAGAUACCGAUACGGCCGAUGGCCAGGGGCGGUUUCCCAAGCAUACAGUGGUGUUCAGGACAGCCUUCAACAAAUCCCAGAGCACUCAGCUGCGACCUCCCAAGCCUACACUUAGUACAGGCCCAUUCGCGAAGUUUGCCGAAAAUGUUAAGCCAGCUAUUUUGGAAAAGAAUGAAGUCAAGCGCCCACCGGGGAAAAAACAAGCCAUGGCCUCAUCCGGACCCUUGGGCAUUCAGAGUCCUCGUCUACCUCCCGUGCCUACAAAAGAAACAGCGUCGGGGAAGGAAACAACUGAACAAGAAAUCUCAAGCCGACCCGUUCUCAAGAAAAGACCGAACGAGCCUCUGAACUAUCGGCCGACAACCUCUGUGUCGAAUCGUGGUUUGCGAAGGUCGCCGUUCCCAAACUCCUCCCAGAGACAAUCACCACAGUUGGAAACGAAACACGCCCCAUCUCACGAGAUACACGUCUCUAGAGCCUCGGGUGGGGGACAUUUUGCGGCGCAAGAGAAGAACCAAGAGUCGCUCCUCACUCAAACCGACACAUUCCUCUCACGCCGGGGUGCUGGAAUGCGCUCUGAAUCACUUGGCGCAGUUCAGACUCAUAUUCGCAGCAGCAGCUCCAUGUCUGUAAGAUCGGAAGCAGACGGGACUUUAUCUGCGAAUGAUAACCUCCCCGCUUCUUCAGCGAUGCAUCGCAGAUCCCAAUCAUACACUCCUAGCCUGUAUUCACUAGCAACUGCAGAGUCUGAGACGUCGCUGCUGCUUGCGCACAGGCCUCACAAAAGUGCGUAUGAGGACUUGGAAACCAUACAGGCGCUCAAUCGUGAUGGCUUUGUUCCCGGCAUCUUUCCAGAGAGACACUUUGUACACAACAUUCGCCGGUUCUCUCGUUUCUCCUCUGCCUCAUAUGGCUCGAAUGCACUCAAAGUCAUGGGCGUUCCUAGAGAUUCCAGAACCCAAUAUAGGACCAGGUCAGACGGCCACGAGCACAGUGCGUUCUCAGAGAACGCAGGUCUGCCACCCUCUACAAUCCUCCUGUCUUCAUUCGUCGAUCCAGCUGGGGGCUCGAACGCAGCUGGUGAGACCGAGACGGGGUUCCCGCUGGUCCACUAUCUUUCUAUUGACCAUGACUCCAAAGCGGUGGUUCUGACUUUGCGAGGAACAUGGGGCUUCGAAGACAUCCUCACAGACAUGACCUGCGACUACGAUGACCUCGAAUGGCAAGGGAAAAGCUGGAAGGUUCACAAAGGCAUGCACGCCUCAUCCAAACGGCUCCUAGAGGGCGGUGGUGGCCGAGUUAUGAUCACCCUGCGUGCGGCACUAGAAACGUUCCAAGACUACGGCAUAGUCCUAUGCGGGCACUCGCUCGGCGGAGGCGUCGCAGCCCUUCUCGCAACCAUGAUCUCAGAACCCAACCCCUCCACAACAGGCACAUCCUUUGUAACAGCCUCACACCUACCAUCCACCCGUCCUCGCCUCUUAACCGCACACAGAAACCCUAGUCUCAACACCCCGGGUCCCGGCCUACCAACCUACACCCUCCCAGCGAACCGGCCAAUUCAUGUCUACGCCUACGGCCCCCCAGCCGUGAUGUCCCCCUCCCUCCGCCUCGCUACUCGAGGCCUAAUAACAACAAUCGUGAAUGGCUCAGACAUUGUCCCCAGCCUGUCGCUAGGGAUUCUGCACGACUUGCACACAGCAUCGCUCUCCAUCAAGGACGACACCACAGGCGCCAAAGCGCACAUCCGCCAGCGAGUCAGCGAUUCCCUCCGCCAAAGCAUCAUCCACAAAUUCUACGUGAACCAGCCUCCACUUGUAGUCAACGCGGGCGACGGUGUUGGCGAAGACGCCUGGGCCUGGAAGACGUUGAAACUGCUGCGGGAUGAGAUGCGUGCACCAAAGCUCAUGCCGCCUGGUGAGGUUUUUGUCAUUGAGACGAUGCGGGUUCUGCAGCGGGAUGCGUUUACGGCGCUGGACCUCGGGGUCGAUGGGUAUCCGCGUCUUGGGAGGCCUGCCACUCGCGUGCAGAUUCGGUUUAUUCGGGACGUUGAUGCUUGGUUUGGCGAGUUGCGCUUUGCUGGUGGCAUGUUGAGUGAUCAUAAUCCUGCGCGGUAUGAGACUAGUCUUGCUGCGUUGGUGAGGGGGGUUUUGGAUGAGUAG